AUGAUUGGACUUAAGGAUUCUGAUAAGAAAAAUUAUAACACAAGAAGAAGGACUCUUUUGUAUCUCAUACAAAAAUAUUUAAAUGACUACGGUUAUCCUGAUAUUGCAACAACCUUAAAAUCGGAAGCAUUAUUGAAUGACUAUGAAGUUUGUGAUAAUAUUGAUAUUGACAUAAUAUUUUUAGAAUACUGUAGUUAUCAACAACUGAAAUUUGAAUUACCGGAAGAAUGGAAGCAAUUUUCAGAUAUGAUAAUGCGAACAACUUUAUCAAAAAAUUCAAAAAUUCAUUUUAAAGAUAUAAUUGGUAAUGAUGAAGCUAUUACAACUAUUAAAGAAGCAGUUAUAUUACCAUUAGAAAACCCUUUAUUAUUUGAAAAUGAAUUGAAACCAUGGAAAUCCUUACUAUUAUAUGGACCGCCAGGUUGUGGUAAAACUUUAAUUGCAAAAGCUUUAUGUUCAGAAAUUCAUGAUUAUAUGUCAUUCUUUAAUAUUACUUCCAGUGUUAUCAUUUCGAAAUGGCGUGGUGAUUCUGAAAAAAUUUUGAAUACACUUUUUAUAAUUGCACGAAAUAUGGCACCAUCUGUUAUAUUUUUUGAUGAAAUUGAAUGUUUAACAAAUGAACGUAAUACAAUACAUGAACAUGAAUCAUCACAUCGUUUAAAAAGUGAAUUUUUAACAUUACUUGAUGGUAUUCAUGAUAGUAAUGACAAUAUAUUUGUAUUAGCAAAUACAAAUGUUCCAUGGUUAAUUGAUAGUGCAUUCUUGAGGCGAUUCGAAAAAAAAAUUCUUAUAAAAUUACCAACAAUUGAUGAAAGACAAGCAUUAUUUCAUUAUUAUUUGGAAGAUAGUAAAAAAUGGCCUAAUCAUAUUAUGGAAGAAAUAAAAAAACUAUCAAAUGGAUUUACCGGAGAUGAAAUAAGAAUUUCCUAUGUGAUUGAAAAAAAGGAUGUGUGUGUUAAUUCACAGCUAUUGAUUGACAUUUUAAAAUCUAUGAAACCAAAUUCGUAUAGUCAAUAUGAAAAACAUUGUCAAUGGCAAGAGGAAAAGGGAUCCAUGGACCGGAAAAAUUAA